UGUUUGCGCCUAUUUUACAAAUGUUUUUCUACUGCUAUUCCUCUCCUCUAGUAAUAACAUUUUAAUGGCGCUUGUUUCCUCCUGCACCUAGCCCGGUUUUCCGUCUUCGCUCCAGUUCUCAUAGGCUGUGCGGUCGCCCUUUCUGGGAGAAGGCGAGUCUCGAACGCCUGGCCAGGCCGCUGCACGGGCUGGAAAAAGGAAAAGGACACCACGACCUAGGUUAACGACAGGCAUCUCCCAGACGACAGGCUCCGCAACAAGAUGGCGGAAGAGAGAGAACGCAUAGAGAUAGCAGUAGCAGAAUUUCACAAAAAAAUCAGAGAUGCUUUUGAGGUGUUUGACCAUGAAUCGAAUAAUACAGUGGAUGUGAGAGAGAUUGGAACAAUUAUCAGGUCCUUAGGAUGUUGCCCUAGUGAAGGAGAGCUACAUGACCUGAUUGCAGAGGUAGAAGAAGAAGAACCCACUGGAUACAUUCGAUUAGAAAAAUUUCUUCCAGUGAUGACUGAAAUACUACUGGAAAGAAAGUACAGACCAAUUCCAGAAGAUAUCCUUCUUCGUGCUUUUGAGGUGUUAGAUCCAGAUAAACGUGGCUUUCUCACUAAGGAAGAGCUGAUCAAGUACAUGACUGAAGAAGGUGAGCCUUUUUCUCAGGAAGAAAUGGAAGAAAUGUUGUCGGCUGCAAUUGAUCCAGAAUCAAAUUUAAUUCAUUACAAGGACUAUAUAACAAUGAUGGUGAUAGAUGAAAAUUAAGUGCUCUCAAGACUUAAUUUCUAAUUCAAAGGACAAUUUUAGAAGUUGCUUGUCCUUAUUAAUUUCACAUUUUAUCUUCUAAUUCCUGUAUCUAUAUCUGACAUAACUAUUUCAAGAUGUUUUGUUUUAACAGUGAUUAUAACAAUAAAAAACAAAUUUAUUUAAUAUGCCUAGACUUAUGGAAUUACAAAUUGCUAAUUAUUUGAAAACUAUCUUGACAUUUUAACGUUACCCAUGGACUCAUUCAUCUUCUAUAUUAAAACCCGUGUUAUCUUCAAAUUAAUUAAACUGGCAGAAUGAAGAAUGACUGGAAGCACACAAGGUUUGACAUAUUAAGAUCUUGGGAGGGGGCCUAAUGACCACAAAU